AUGGCAGGAAGCUCCGAGACAGCGGCGGCCCCGGCUGCCGCUCCAAACAAUGGGCUAAAUUGCGUCAAAUGCGGCCGUGACGUAUCUGACGCCGAUGCUUUUUGCAUUUACUGUGGCACGAAGGUGAGUCUCUCGCUCUCGCAGCGUAAACCCUCACCAGUGUCUGCCCCAGCACCUUCACCCGCUUCAGUUAAAUUUGAAGCAAAGCCCGAGGCAAAACCUGCUGCACCGGCCAAACCUUCCACAGCCGCUGCGAAACCGGAGCUGAAAUCAGCUCUCAAAAAGACUGAUGCUGGACAACCCCAGCUCAAGUCAGCUCUUAAAAGAACCAAUACUACGCCUACGACAGCUCCUCAAACUGGUGGCCGCCCACCUACCAGCGGCCAAUCUACAGCUCCAUCCAGCAACAAUUCAGCUGUAGGUGGCCACACUUCCCCAUCGAAUGAAAACCUUCCUACGGCGGUGUCCGCACCUGUCCAGGAGCGCCGCUCGCAACCUACUUCACUACCGUCACAAGCAAUUACACGCAAACAGAGCGACGACCGCAUGAACGACCACGCAGGUCGCGGAUCGAUGGAUGGCGUGCCGUCUGAUGUCGCGGGCCUUGAGAAGCUUUGGGUUCCUGACAAUUUCAGCAGCGAGUGUAUGGAUUGCAAAACACCGUUUGGAUUCCCAAAGCCACGUCGUCACCAUUGCCGCGUAUGUGGCCUUCUUUUCUGCCGUCCAUGUGUAAAUCAUAAGAUUCAGGUCCCUUCUUCGUUUGGAUACGGCAAUGCGCAGCAGCGCUGCUGCCGUAAUUGUAUCACGGCUUUACAAAUGAAGGCUAUCACGACACCCGCUGACGUGUUCGCCCAGCGUCGUGGCCCCGUGAACCGUCCUGUUUCCGGUCAAGACAGCUACGACGUUUUGGGCGUCUCGCAGGAUGCGACACCCGAAGAGAUUGCAGCGCAAUACAAGAAAAAGUCGCGUUCCAUGGAUCCAACUAAGCUUGAAGACCAAGAGACGCUCGAAAAAAUUAACGAUGCAUACCGAAACUUACAAGACCCGAAUGCCCGUAGCCGAGACGACUCUGGUCGUGCGCGUGACUCGAGUCUGCUAAACAGCGACCCGACGAGCCAUUUUGUGUCCGAGACGGCUCGUAGCGACCAAACGGAAUGCCAAGUCUGUUUUCGUCCUUUUAAGCUUGGCCGUCGUCAGCACCACUGCCGUCGUUGUACGCGCAGUGUUUGUAAUCAAUGCAGUGUCGAGUCCAAACCCAUUCCAGAAUUGGGCUUUCCUAUGCCUGUGCGUCAUUGUACGUCUUGUAACGAGAAUCCACCCAAAUUCAUUAAACCUGUCAUGGACCCGGUUGCUAAACCUCCUGCUGGCUUCGAGUACUUAACCAAGCUUGACAUUAAAGUGAGUGUCAAAGCUUCAUCAAAUGGGAAUACCCCUGAUACAGAUACCUACUUGGUCAAGACGUAUUGUGAGCCCAAUGAGGCUGCAGCUAAGGCUGCCGACCACGAUGUCACUGAGUCCGACCUCGCUGUAACUCACGAGUACCAGAUUCUAGAAGAACGCAGCAUGGCGGACUUUGAAUGGCUCUUUGUGAAGCUUGGGGAGUUUACGAAUCCAAAAGCGCUGCCAUUUUUCCCAGAAAAACGUACUCCGCGUGGAGAACGUGAAAAGGUUCUACAAACUUUCUUGUAUGGUUGUAUGCUGCACCCACUUUUGCGUGACGCUGACUUCCUCAAGGCUUUCUUAGCAUUACCGACCGACCAGCUGCGUCAAUUCCAAAAGAGUGGCAAAAAGACACUGUAUAACACGGACGAGUUCAACACGCUCAUUAAGUCGCUGCGUCUUGAGCUCGAAAAAGCUCAGAUUCGGACCAAAUUAAAUGGUCUAAUUGACCGCCAAAAGCAGCAGAAGCAGCGCUUGGCUGAACAAACUGCUCGAGCAGAGGAGCAAAAGAAGCGCGAAGCUGCCCAGAACAUCCGACGGGAGCAAGCUACGUUCCGUUUCAAGGCACUGGAGGCUCGAAAGGAGACGCAGACGGAGCGGAUGGAGCGCGAAAAGGAGCGUUAUGAGAAGCAAUCCAGUACAACCCACAUCCUCUAUUUUGACGUUGCACGUGACCAGUCUGUGCGCAACACUGAGGAAGAAACACGUAUAAAGGAGAAAGUCGAGUUUACAAAAUCAAAGGAUAGUUUCCAGCAAGAUACAACACAAUGGAACAGUGACAUGGCACAGUGGUCAAAACACCGUGCAGACUGGUCAGAAGCCCACAACCCCGCCGUGUCGAAAGAUAUUGCAAAUGACUUCAUUGUGCACUCAUACGGCAUAUUCCACGCGUCUAAGGACCAGAAAGACAAAGUUCCACGUGAACUUAUUGACCUCCACGCGGAAUUUGUGAAAAUACAACAAAAGGAACCUGAAUUACUUGAAGAAGAAGGAAAUACGGUUGACGCAGAAUGGAUGAAGCUCGCCAAGGAACGAGAGCACUGGACGAGUAGCCGUGCUAACAUGAAGCGCGAGGAUGAAAUGUGCCUCGAUGAAGACACACGCUACAAGCAAGAGCACGAGUACGUUCGUCUGGAGGCGGAAGCACGUCAGAAAAAGAUCAAGACGAUCGAAGCCGACUUGCUAGCGCUCAAAACUGAGAUUAAUGCCCGUACACGCUCUAUUGCUCAGCGUCGUUCGCGCCACCAGGCUCUGGAUGAGGAGUACGAGAAGGAGUGGCGUGUGGUACAGACCCAGCGCUUUGCCACAACCAAGUCGCGUUUGGACGAGCACGGAUCUCGCAUCACGCGCGGCAAGAAACGUACGGAAGUGUUUACCGACCAAUUGGCUCGUCAGACCAAUUCGCAACGCAUGCUGCUGUUUAAGCGUGCUACUCUGACAGAAGAGCGCAAGGCCGAUUGCUUACUGUUUGAUGAGCACUGUGAGGACUGCAAAAAUACUUUGGACGAAGCUCGCAAUGCUUUGAUCAUCACGCCCGAGUAUGUGACUCGUCUGGAAGCCGAUAUGAAGGUCCGCGCUAGCGAGCUUGCAGCGGUAAAAGAUAGCAACAAGCGCAUCCCACAGGAGGGCAGUGAUACCGAGGUGGACGAACGCGACGAGUUCAUGAACGACGUACGUCGUCGGCGUGUCCAGUUCCAAAAGGAACUAGACGACCAGGCCGCCCAACUUGAGACGGAGAAUAAACUCUGCACGUCACUGUUGGAGCGCAUGAAUCAACAUAUCAAGAAUCUUGAGGAAGAGGUGAAAAACGCCGCGCAAGAGGAAGGCAUGAUCACCGAGUUUAACAACCUUAUUGAUACAGAAACCAAAUUGCUGGCCGAUGAAGAGGCGAUGCGUGAGGAAAAGAAGUUUUUGAUAACCGAACUCAUGAACAACGCGGGGAACUGGGUCCUGGAAUCACUGCACGAACACUCAGGCCGCAAAAAAGUUGAAGCAAAUCGUCUAGUGAAACAGGCUGUGCGCGCUGCUGAUUUACAAAAGCUGGUGCAACACUUUACACACCGUGUUAUUGACCAAGAAGAGCGAAUUAUGCGUCAAAAGCAACGCAUUUUGAAUGGUGAGCACAAGGUUGAAAUGCUCAAGUCGUCGGAAAACUGGUACCAGUACGUCACUGGCCACGCGGCUAACAUGGGCAAGAAGGACAUGAAAAUUCUUGAAGCUGGCACCAAGGAGCGUGGUGAAGAUUUAAAAGAGUCGUCUCGUCUUCAAAAGGACGAUGAAGCAGAUAUCAAGAGUGUUAUUCAGGAACUAGCAGUGAGUCGAAAAUUCGCUCAGGAGAAAGUGGAGAAGCGCGCAAUCUGGGCUCACGUGGAGGACGUGUACAGCGUAUCCAUGCCACAAGAGAAGGACGAGGAUAUGAUGAUGACGUCACAGAUUCGCAGUUUGUUGCAGCAACUUGCAGAGGCGUUUGAAAUGCUAACUAAUCGUCUUUUAGAGGAAGAUGAGAGUCUGCAGCACGCGUCCACUCAACUCGAAGGUGAGAUUGAAUCAAUUAAUGCCUUCAUGGAGCGUAUGGAGAGCGAAGAAAGCGCUUUAUGCGCUACAGAAAAGACGUCACUUGCCAAAGAGUCGCAGGUGCGUCGCUCUGAAGCUGAUUUGAUCGAGCAGCGCGCCCGCGCAUUGAUUGACAGCUACAAACAGAUGCAGGCGGAGCAUAUGAAGUAUCCAGUGGAGCUUAAUAAGAUCAAAAGCCGACGCUCAGAGCGUGCCAAACCGAUUUUGCCUCGUGAGGCAGAGUUAGAGGCUGCCAAAAAGCUUAUUAAAAACCGCAAUUACUACGACCGCAAGGCGUGUGCUGAAUUUGCCAAGCGCUUUAAGGUAGAUCACGAGCUGAAGGAGGUUCGCGACGUAUUUGACUGGCUUAAGCUCGUUAUCGAACGCGACAUAAAGCUCAUGGAAAAGUGGCUUGACUUGAGCCGCAAGGAGCGCAAGGAGAUUGAGAACUUAAAGGUGAAAGGCAAGGAGAUCAACUGGGAAGAAGAUACGCUCGAGCGGAUUCCUGCUCUCAAGGACAUUCAAAAGAAGAUUGCUCGUCAGAAUUCAGGUCAUCGCGGCAAUAACGAGGCAAAGCUGGCUGACGCGGUACAUCCGUCCGAACAAUGGAUUGUGGAGCUUCUCAAGUUUAAAAAGAAUAUCUGUGAGAUCGACACGAGGCUUUUGAGGGAAAUUGGCGUGUCAAUUAACAGUGCUGUGAGUGAAGAGGACAUGGUCAACGCAAACUUAAAGAAGAUGAAGAGGGACAAGGAGUACGUGCUAAACAGCAUCCGUUUUAUUGAUCAAGAGGAGGCCAAGGCAAUUCGUAGCACUGGAAAAGGUGGUGUCCCCGGUCGCCACAGCCCCAGCUCGGAAAGUGGAAGCUUUAUUAGCAAUGAUGACCAACAAACCCCCAGGGGUCACACUCAGUCACCCGAUCUGGCACGAACCAUGUCGCCGCACCCAGCACGCACAAUGUCGCCGGCACCUUCAUCUCCAUCUACGUCAUCGUUUUCCAAGUCGAGCUCGACGACUAUGAUGGCAUCAAAGCCGCGUGUUGUGGCAAAACCUCGUUCAGAGGAGUUCUAG